AUGGAAAAAAAUGUUGUGAAAAAGAGCGGCAAUAUGAUUAAAAGAAAAGGAAACACUUGUGCUCAAAAGAUUUUACAUCAAAAGGAAGACAUUCUAGGAGGGAAGGUUAAAGUAAAAUUUCAUAAAACUUGCAGAAAAACAUUUAUUAGUUCACAAAAUAUUGGAUAUAUUUCUCAAAGCAGUGAAACCGAAAACGCUUCAUCGUCUCGGACAAGAUAUCCUAAAGACGGAUUUAAUAUUCGGCAAAUAUGUCUAAUAUGUAACAGAUCUGGAAAGAAAGGCCAACAGCGCUUAACAUCUGUGCAUACAGACUCAACCAGCUCAGACUCCACUGCCUCUUACAACGAAGAUUUCCAGGUUAUUAAAGAGAACGAAAUCCUUAUUUUACACAAAGCGGCGGGUAUUUUAAAGAAAAAAAUUAGAGAAUUUCAUAUCCCACAAAGCAAUUUUCCAAAUCCGGAUGAUAUGAAUCAGGUAGAGUUUGAAAAGCAAGUACCUAAUGAGUUGCUAAAAUUUGUAUCAUGGUUAAUAGAUGAUGAUUGCUACGAGAGUGUAAACGAUAAAAUUAUAUCAUAA